AUGCCUGACAUGAAUUCCUACCAUUUCUUGCAACAUGUUACACAGCAAAUCAGAAUUCCAGUCAUUAUGAUGUGUGUUGAUCAAUCAACAACUCCAAGUCUAGUGAUGAAGGCGAUUGAAAAAGGUGCUUGUGGAUAUUGGAUUAAGCCUUUGAGUGAAGUUGCAUGGAAUAAUGUUCAUGGUAUCAACUACUUUAAUGAGCUCCAGACUGAUACAUCACUGGCUAUAGAAGCUAAACUUAUGAAAAGAUGGGAAUUUGACAAUAUUGCUCAAUCUGUAAGCUAUAUGUCUUCAUGGUUCUCAGGAACACUUUCGGAACAACUGCUUUUGAAAGAGCACCUGGAUUCUGCCUCAGGGGAAAUAUUUUAUGAUGCUAGUCGUAUUCUCUUGAGCGGUGAUCUUUCUGAGAGGCAAGCAUUAGUUGAGGCGGAAGGAAUUUCAAGUGACGUGUCUGUAUGUGAUAAAUAUCUUGCAAAGACAGCUGAACUACUUACAUCCAAAUGCAUGACAGGUUGCAACAGAACAGGAAAUAAAAACACAACCACUCAAUCGCCGUUUGAAUUUUGCAAUGUUCUUCAAAAGGGAAAGAAACGCCUGGGUCUGAAAGCCUUUGCCGAGACGUUUAAAGUAAUUGGCAACCCAUUGAAGCCAAUUUUGAAUUUGAGAAGAAACAUUGCUAUUCAUCAUCACUCACCCGGUAACCCAUCCAUCUUAUUCCGUAAAGGGUUUACGCAUCAAAGUCAAAGACAAUUUAUACCUACGAGUAAAUUUAGAGUUAUACGAGCUGUGGCAAUUCCACUUGAACCAGCUCCAGUGGAAUAUGCGGAGUACAGAAAAGAGCUAGCUGAACGCUACGAUUUUAACCAAAUCGGAGAACCGCUUCCGGAGACUCUUACGUUGAAGGACGUCAUCACUUCUCUUUCUAAGAAGGUUUUUGAGAUUGAUGAUGUGAAAGCAUGGAAAACUGUUUUGAUAUCAGCCACUUCGUAUACGUUGGGGCUUCUUAUGAUUUCUAAAGCACCCUGGUAUUUACUUCCUCAGGCUUGGGCUUGGACGGGGACUGCUGUAAAUGGGUUCUUUGUUAUAGGACAUGAUUGCGCUCACAAAUCAUUUUUAACAAACAAAUUGGUAGAAGACAUUGUUGGAACUCUGGCCUUUUACCACUAA